AUGACAGAGGCAGCAUUGCCACUGUUCAUUCGGGAGCCCACUGGGCCUUUGCAACGCUGCAGGGUCAAGCAGGUCAUAAUCCUUGCAGCCACCUUUACCGCUGGCUUUGCUUGUGGCUUUUCGGCUGCGAAUCCGAAACUAAGCACCCCGACUGCAUCGUCACUGUGGCUUCCAAGGCCCUGCGGUCCAGAUGAUGCGACAACAACGUCUACGGAGUCCCCGAAGCUGGAAAUCACACCGCACGCCUGGCACGCCUCAUCCUCCUUGCCCCAUAGUACUACCUCUACCCAUUCCACCACUCGGGCGAAGAUGGGAUCAACAUCAACCACACUCCCUUCAAGUGAAACGAUCAUCGUCAAGGUGUUCGCGGGUGGAAAUGGGAGACUGGGCAACAACAUUGGCCAACUCUUGCACGGCUUAGCUUUUGCAAGGCGCAUUCAUGCAGACAAGGUGCAGCUUGUUGCCUCUGGUGGCCAGUUGCCUCAAGUCAUGGAAUUGAAAGAUUUAUCAUUAGAUCUCCCAGAUGCUGGAACGCUGCGGGGCGUUAUCCCCAAGGAAUGCAAUGAAGCUGCGCAGGCGGCACGGAUGAACAAAGAGCCUAACACCUAUGCCAGUGGCUUUUGGACCACUCGUUGCUCAGGUGUUCCUGGGAGUGAGUAUCACGACCUGGCUUUCCAGUACAUUUGGCCGCUGCUGAAAAGCGAGGUGAAAGAGUGUGUUGAGAAACCGGAUGACGCAGCCGAAAAACGGCUCACUGUACAUUUGCGUGGCCAAGACCUCUGGAACAUGGGCGAGUUUGAUCAAGUUGCCAAAAAGCCGAUCAAUAUGUCGGCUGGAGCGCACCACUGGCUAUGGAACAAUCCCCCAUGUACGAUGUAUGAGAAGAUCAUCCAGGAGGAUGGAUACUCCGAUGUGCUUGUAGUUACAUCGCAGGAUCGACGCCAUGCAUGCGUUUCUUGGUUUGAGGAGCUGCCUCGUCGGACAGGACUCAAGGUCAAUGUGACCUUUCAGACAAGUUCGCUAGCAGAGGACUUUUGUGCCCUGGUGAAGUCCAGAAAUAUGGUAGUGUCUUUCUCAACCUUGUCUAAUGCAGCUGCGGUGCUGAGCAAGAAUCUGAAACGCAUAUAUGUUCGGAACUUUGCGCAAAACUCCAUGUUGAACUGUCAAUUGUGGCCCACGGUGUCCAUUAUGCAGUACUACAUGCCAAGCACUGAGCAGCACCAUGAACCCUACAACAACACCUAUGCAGGCGUGAUUGAGUGGUUUCAAACCUACAAUGUCAGUCUGAUUGCGAGAAGAACUUCCUGCAAAUGA